CCAGACCGGACGCUAGCUUGAAUGUUUGACAGCACCGGCUGUGGCGUCGGUGCUUUAAUAAUAUUACUAUCAUAGUGUCGCUUUAUUUUGCGUAUAUAAAAGCUCCAUGAGUUCUUUUCCCCUGUUACUUCCUUUAAUAAUUCAGUACAUGUGUUGUUGGUGGCUGUAAACCGAGCAGCUGCUGCAGCCAGGGAGCUGCUCUAAUAUCUUUAAUAUCUUUAAUAUCUGUAAUAUCCCGCAUCUGCUUCCUUUGUUACUGGACAUAAAGUGUAAUAUUAAACGUCUAACUAUAGGCUUUAAAGGAUAUCGUACCAAAGCUUGCAUAAAGUUGCUGUUUACCAGUUUGAGCAAUGGCCAGUCCAAAUGAUCUACAGUUUCAAGAGUUUGAUGAAGCAGCAGAGCUGUUGUCAGCUGACCCGGGGGCCUCCACCCUCAGCAUGUCUGCAUCAAACACCCCCGCUUCAUCUGGGCCGGCAGAACCCGGGGUGGACGUGAAGCUAGAUAUGUCAGACGACGACGAGGAUGAGGAGGAGAGUUCAGAGCUUUUAGGACGACAGAAACCAAGUGGUGGGUUCUGGACAUUUGAAUACUAUCAGUCUUUCUUCAAUGUGGACACAGCUCAGGUACUGGACAGAGUAAAGGGGUCCGUGAUGCCACUAACAGGAAGAAAUUUCAUCAAACACCACCUGAGGACAAACCCAGAUCUAUAUGGUCCGUUCUGGAUCUGCGUGACGCUGGUGUUCUCCAUGGCCAUCAGUGGGAACCUGUACACGUGUCUGAGUGGGAAGGGAGACCCCAGCUACCACUACAGACCCCAGUUCCACAGAGUAACCAUCGCUGCAGUGGUGAUCUUCUUGUAUGCUUGGCUGGUGCCAGCUGCUCUGUGGGGGUUCCUGGCCUGGAGGCAGAAUGAGAGGCAGAUUGUAGGCUACUCCUUCCUGGAGACGGUGUGUGUCUACGGCUACUCCCUCUUCAUUUACAUCCCCACAUCGGUUCUGUGGAUCAUCCCGUACGACUGGUUGCAGUGGACACUGGCCCUGGUUGCCAUGGUGAUUUCUAGCUCAGUCCUGGUCCUCACCUUCUGGCCGGUUGUGCGUGAGGACACCAGAGUGAUGGCCGCGGCGACGGUUAUGACCGUCAUUGUUUUACACGCACUGCUGGCAGUCGGCUGUAAGCUCUUUUUCUUUCAAAAAGGGAAUCCCCCACCGUCACCGGCCCCGACAACCCUGUCCAUUCACACGACCGUGGUUACCAAACCCCACUGACCAAUGAGAAAGGACCACCAUGACGACCAUGAAGAGUUCAACAUGUUAAACCUCUGUGACUGUGAGCUGGUUGGAAAUAAGGCUAACUACUUCACUUAAAUAAUAUUUAUACCGCGGUGGGUUAAAAUGUCAAGCACUCUGAUUUACCAGAAUCCCCUGCAUCUAAGACUGCUGGAUGACACUCAUUAACAGUUCAGGUUGCCACAAGUCAUUCCUUAUGAUGAUUGUUAUUAUUAUCAUUAUUAUUAUUGUUAAAUUGUUGUUAAAACAAUCAGUGUGAUUAAAUGAAGGAACUGAAAUCAUCACCUCGGGUAACAUUAGCACCAGGAAGUGUUUGGUUCUCCCUUCCAGUUGGUUCAGAAUAAUGUGACCACGCUAGUGUUAAUAAUAUAUAAGGAAAGGAAGCCGCGCCUAAGCGCCGCGCCUAGGCGCCGCACCUAAAGGCCACGCCUAAGCGCCGCGCCUAAGCGCAGCGCCCAGGUGCCGCGCCUAAAGGCCGCGCCCAGGUGCCGCACCUUAAGGCCGUGCCUAAGCCUAAAAGGUCUAAGCGCUGCGCCCAGGUGCCUUAGAUUAAGGCUGUGCCUAAGCGCCGCGCCUAAGCGCCGCGCCUAAGUACUUGAGUGGAGUAAAACUGGAAAUGCUGACAUUUUGAUGCACCAUAUCACCUCUGGUCAAGCAACGUCACAGAAGUUCUUGAUUCCCUUCAAUAGUUUCAGUUAAGUUAUGUCUAAAGAGUUAUUUAUUCACUGCUGUGUUACUACUGAAAGUUUUUGUUAAUAAAAUUACAAUAGUUUUCUCAUUGUCUGUAAAUACUCUUCUAGUCACCAUCUGCAGAUUUCCUCCUUGACUGAUGAGGCUUAUUUGGAUUUACUCGUGUGUAAUCAUUUAGAUCUCCAGUCAAAAUAUUGUUUUAGGAGGUUGAUGUCCUCGCUCAGCGCUUGCUUCCAAGACGUUUAGGGCCAAUCCCAAUACACCCCCUACUUUCUACCACUACCCCUAAAAGAAGAAGCCACAAAUUUUAGGGCCCUUGUAAUCUUCCCAGCGCCCUGUCCCAAUACUCCCACUACUACUUUUCAGCACCACCCCUAAAUCUA